CUCCCGGUGUUAUUGGACUGUCGGUUGAGGCGUUGCCGGUCGAAUAUGAGCAAGGUACCGAGGGAUCUACUGCUGCGCACCAGCACAGAUGUGCUAGAUUAUAGCAAUAAUGUGAAGAAGCGGCGGUUCUUAGAGACCGUGGAGUUGCAGAUAAUGCUGAAAAAUUACGACCCACAGAAGGAUAAACGCUUUUCAGGCACAGUGAAGUUGCGGCACGUCCCAAGACCUAAGAUGAAGCUCUGCGUACUUGGCGAUCAACAGCAUUGCGACGAAGCGAAAGCCGCAAACGUGCCGUGUAUGGAUGUAGAGGAUUUGAAGAAGCUCAACAAGGACAAAAAACUCAUCAAGAAACUAGCCAAACGGUACCACUCAUUCCUAGCCAGUGAGUCAGUCAUUCGUCAAAUUCCCCGAAUUCUGGGUCCUGGCCUCAGCAAAGCUGGGAAGUUCCCGGCGGUAUUGACUCACAAUGAGUCCUUGUUGCAACGUGUGGAGGACGCUAGGGCGACUAUCAAGUUCCAGAUGAAGAAGGUGCUGACGCUAAAUGUUGCUGUUGGUCACGUGAAGAUGAAGCCUGAAGAGUUGGCCCAAAACGUCAACUUGGCGAUCAAUUUCCUCGUCUCCUUGCUGAAGAAAAACUGGCAGAAUGUUCGUUCGUUGUAUAUAAAAAGUACGAUGGGCAAGCCUCAUCGUUUGUACUAA